CUUCGCCUCUGUACAUAUCUAUAAUGAGCAUCUGAGUUUUUUGUAUAUAAGCAAGCACUAGUCGUAGUAGUAGUAGCAUCAUCAUCUUACCUCCUCGCCUGCAAAAGUGGGCUGGAAGAAAAAGAAAGAAAAGGAUGAUACACUCUCUUCACACUUUCCACCCCACUCAAUUUCCCAAUCCCUUGUAAUCAUAGUGAGAGAGAGAGAGAGAGAGAUCUAUGAAGAAGAGAGCAAAAUCCAAAAAUGAUGUGAUGAAUAAUCUAAAACAAGCCACAGCCAUGAGAGACACUCCCAUUGUAGAGGCAGAUCCACCCAAGAAGCAAGUCCGAAGGAGGCUCCAGACCAGAAAGCCUUAUCAGGAAAACCUCCUCAACAUGGCCGAAGCCCGCCGCGAAAUCGUCGCCGCCCUCAAACUCCACCGCGCCUCCAUGAAACAGCAGCACCGCCACAGCCCCGAUUGUCAGCCUAGGAGCAAUACGCCUUAUGUGUCUUGUUCCUAUCCCGCUCCCCCGGCGCCUCUGGGGGAUUUUGAGAGCCUCGAUUUUGCUCUGCCGAGGCAGGCGCUGGGGCUGAAUCUGAACCUGCAUGACCUCAUCACCGCGCCGUGCUCGGUUUACUCGUCUCCGUUGAUUUCUUCCUCGCCUCCUCCUCCUCCUCCUCCCCCUCCUCCCCAGUUGCUGGAGAGGCGGGAGGGGUUUGAGUUUCUGGGAAUCGGAGGAGAGGAGGAGAGGGAAGAGGAAAUGGCGAGCUCGCCGUUUGACGAAGUCAAAGAAUUUCCGGCGUGGCUGAUUGCGAAUGAGAGCUGUUUGGAGGUGCAGCAUCUUCAUCACCCGGAUUUCCUCCAGGGCUCUGUUUUGCCAUGCAUGGAGAUCGAGGAAAUUGAAGGAAUGGAUGGAGAUUGGUUGGCUUGAGAAUGUUUUGAUUGUGUUUCUUUUUUUCGCAUGAUCAAAUAUAUAUAUGCGUGCUCAAUAUUAAUGUGGGCGCUAGGAAUUUUUUGAAUUUAAGCUUACAAACUAAGUCUUUCUACUAUAAUUAUAAAUGUUGUUCCCAUCUCGUAUUAUAAAAUAAUACUAUUGUGAUAUAA